AUGGAAGACAAUGGCAAGCUAACAGGGCACAAAUUCCCCAUUCCUGCAGAGAUCAUAGUAAUCGAGAUACUUUCAAGGCUACCAGUCAAGUCCUUAUGCCGCUUCAGGUGCGUAUCAAAGCCCUGGCGUUCUCUAAUCUCCGACCGCAAGUUCAUUGCGCUGCACGCCGAGAAAGCCUUCGAGGAUAAAGAGGUAUUCUUAAGGAGACGAAAAGUCAUAUUCAACGUGAAAUGUCGUGGCCUUUACUCUAUGGACCUAGAUGAGUUUCUCCAUAACCAUGCAGCUCAUGAUGAUUUAGUAACAGCGACCGAGCUCGAUUUUGUUCGCCAAGAAUUUCAUCCAGAGCAACAAGAUAGACCCCCUUGGCUUCCUUUCAUCUACUCCUGUAAUAACUUCUUGUUGUGCCGCUUCUGCGGUUCUAAGAAUGGGACUUAUUUGGUUAAUCCUGCAACCAGGGAGCUGAAGAAAGUGCCAGAGACACCGACGUGGAGACCUAGCCCUGCUCUCAGGGAUCCCAAGAUUGUUGGCUUGAGCCCAUGUGGAAUUGGAUUUGAUUACUCGACCAAUGAGUACAAGGUGGUUGACGGGCAGAUCUAUACUGACAUGACAAUCGUAUUCAGUGUCUAUAGAUUGAAAACUGAUUCUUGGCGACAGAUAGAGUACCACAUUGAUGAAUACAAUCCUGAUUUUCAUCAUGGGAUUUUUUUAAAUGGAGCUCUUCAUUGGUCGGCGAUAGAAGCUUCUAGAGUUAGCGAUAGACCAGCGACUCCAACUUUUCUAUUAGCAUAG